AUGGCUGAGAAAGCGGCGCAACGUGCGACUUGUGCGCGGUGCACACGUCCGCCUCAAGUGUGCUACUGUCCGUCGUUACCGCCCGACCUAUUGGCGACAGAGCGGACGCAUGUGCUGGUGGUCCAACACAAGCACGAAAAACGUCGACGUGCAGCGAUUUCGUCCGUGCCGAUCUUGGCACAGAGUCUGCAGAACGUGACACUUGUGACAGUAGACGACGACUGCGACUGCAGUCCUGGCGUGCACAGAGACCUCGACGAGCUGUUGUACGGCGGAGGUGAUGAGCCGAUGGACGCUGCACUGGUCUUGUUCCCAGACGAUCGCGCGCUGCCACUGGAAGCGAUAGGUGGCGAGUCGACGAGCAUCCGAAGCUCCAAGCGAGUGCUGCUGGUCGUCAUUGACGGCACAUGGAGAGAGGCCAAGAAGAUCGCACGACGCAAUCGAAACACAUGGGACCAAGCGGCUCAAAGUUGGGAGGCGCGGGGGGCGAGGUUCCACUACGUCUGUCUGGGUACGAACAAGCGUGACGACGGAGGUCCUGGUCCAUCGAGCAUCUAUGGCGACUUGAGGCGAGAGCCGAUGGAAGGCUGCAUGUCGACGUUAGAAGCUGUAGCGUCGGCACUGCGGGUUCUCGAACCUGCAUCGACUGGUCCGGGCGUGCACGAUUCGCUACUGCAUGCGUUCCGAGCAAUGGUCUCGAUCCAAGAGCAGUACCAGGAGCGAGGACGAGAAGCGAAACUGAAGCAGUAUGGAGGGAUCUCGAAAGCCCAAGCAGUCGAGAUGAAGCGACUGGAGGAGCGGCAGCGUCAACAGCUUCACGCGUACGUCGACAUCGUCCCUGCCGGGACAACCCCUUUGACGCAUGUCAGGCGUGAGUACGUGUUUUACUCAAGCCGAACGGACCUGCACCAUUACCAACAGCUCUUGCAAGAGGGCGACGUGGUCACGUGCACGUACGACGAGGCGAGAGACCGUUGCGUGGAGCUCAAUUGCGAUCGAAAACGCGGCCAACGCAUCGCUAUGCUCUCGCUCGAUGCCUUCCAGAAGAAGGUCACGAUGGCGAAAGAAGCGUAA